GGGACGUGAGUGACAGCCCGGGUGGAGGGUUGGUAGAUUUUGUUUCCCCCCCUUUCAGCUUUGCCCCCCUCUGACUUGAAGGGACUCUGUGUGACGCGACUGAAGCAAAGGGGGCCACACUAGAGCCUCGCAGGCGCAGCGGUGCGGGACAGUUCAGAAGCGCAGAGAGGAGAGGCGCACUGCGGGGAGACAGACGGAGCGCACCCGUCAACCAGCUGGAGGAACCCUACUUUAAAACCCCUUAUGGCUGCUUGAGACACACCAAUACACCCCCCCUCCCCCUUUUCUCUCUUUCUCUUGGACUCCUUUGGACUUCUACUUUUUUUUGGUCCUGACCAGAAGUUGUUGCAAGUCUAAUUAAGUCGCUCCUAGUUGAGAAGUGAAUCCACUUGCAGUGGACGGCGCAGGCGGCCAUGGAUACCCAUAUAAGAUGGAAAGAUAAACGGAUAAUAAGGGACACCCCGAUUACUUUAGCGGUGAUUCUGCUUUUUGUCACGUCGUUUGCAGAUUCAGCGGAACCAGCAGACCUCUUGAAGAUUUUAGAUUUUCACAAUUUACCCGAGGGUGUUACAAAAACGACGGGUUUCUGCUCACAUAGGAGGUCAACACAAGGGCCCGAUGUGGCGUACAGAGUAACCAAAGACGCCCAGCUCACCGCCCCCACCAAACAGCUUUACCCAGGUGAUGCUUUCCCUGAGGAUUUCUCCAUCUUGGCCACAGUAAAGCCCAACAAGGGCAGCCAGUCCUUCCUGCUGUCCGUAUACAAUGAACAGGGCAUCCAGCAGCUCGGACUGGAAGUAGGACGAUCCCCUGUAUUCCUCUACGAGGACCAUACUGGUAAACCCAGCCCUGAGGACUACCCGCUUUUCAGAGGAGUCAACCUGGCCGACGGAAAGUGGCAUCGAGUGGCCAUCAGUGUGCACAAGCAGACCAUCACCCUCUUUCUGGACUGUAAAAAGAAGACCACCCAGAAGCUGCUCCGAAGCCCCAACCCCAUCAUUGAUACCAAAGGAAUUAUAGUGUUUGGAACUAGAAUACUUGAUGAAGAAGUCUUCGAGGGAGACAUCCAGCAGCUAAUGAUUGUAGCAGACCACCGGGCUGCAUAUGACUACUGUGAGCACUACAGCCCCGACUGUGAGGUGCCGGUACCCGACCGACCACAAAACCAGGACCCCAAUACGGAUGAGGAUGUUGUAGAGGAGGACAACUACUACUAUGAAUACCCUUAUUAUGAUGACAUUGAAUCCAACCCUAACUCGAAGGUCUACGACUCAUAUUCCGACACAGAGACGACAAACAAAGAAGUCAAGGAGACCGUCGGCAGCGUGGUUUCCACGGUUGAGGAAGUUGUUAGGCAGGCUGGUGGCUCUGCGUCUGUUUCCACCAGCUCAUCAUCAUCCAGCUCAUCGUCAUCCAGCUCGUCUUCCAGCAGCUCGGCCACUGGCACCGGAGGGGAUGACUCCUACGACUACUACCCCUACGGCGACACCAACUACGACUAUGGCGAGUCGACCCCCGCACCCGACGGCGACACCACUAAGCGUGUCACCAUCACCAGCAUCGGCUCCGGGGGUGAGGUGGAUCUGGGAGCAGGGGGAAGGAUUGAUCUGGAAGCUGGGGCUGGAGUGGACAGGAAGGUUAUCACUACCGGUGGUGGAUCGACAAUAACAAUCUCUCGCAAUUCAACAUCAGGUGGAACAUCAUCUUACAGCGACUAUGACGAUGGCUACGAUUACAACUACUACACUACUGAAGAUGGUGGAGGCAGUAGCAGUUCUGUUGUACUCGGUGGUGGUGGAGGAGGAGGAGGCAGCAGUACUGUUUUAGUCAGUGGUGGUGGAGGAGGAGGAAGCAGCAGCAGCAGUACAGUUGUAGCUGGCGGAGGUGGUGGCGGCAGCAGCAGUACUGUUGUAGUUGGUGGUGGCGGGAGCAGCAGCAGCAGUACCGUUGUAGUUGGUGGUGGCGGCGGCAGCAGCAGUACCAUUGUAGUUGGUGGAGGCGGCGGCAGCAGCAGUACCGUUGUAGUUGGCGGUGGUGGAGGCAGCAGCAGCAGCAGCUCUACCAUCACUAUUGGAGGUGGAUCUACUGGAGGAGGAUCUGUUGGCGGCGGUUCUGUAACCGUUGGAGGAUCUUCGACUUCUGGAGGGAGCUCAGCCUCUGCUGGCGCUGCAGCCGGUGGGGGAACUGAGGACGACCUUACCAUCGAUGGAGCUGAUGACUACACAGAAAAGUUCAAAGAGGACCUCUUGAACUAUGAUCCAGCAGACUAUGAUUUAUAUGAAGAAUACGGAGGCAAAGAGCUGCCUGCAGAGACUGAUUAUUUUGGACAGGUUGACGGCGCCCGCGGCGAGAAAGGACAGAAGGGAGAGCCUGCUGUUAUUGAGCCUGGUAUGCUAAUGGAGGGUCCGCCUGGGCCUGAGGGGCCAACGGGUCUCCCUGGACCCCCAGGAUCCUCUGGUCCACCCGGCAGUCCUGGAGAUCCUGGAGAGAGGGGUCUUCCAGGUCGACCUGGUCUCCCUGGAGCUGAUGGUCUGCCAGGACCCCCAGGAACUGUCCUGAUGCUGCCUUUCAGAUUGAGCGCCGGAGGGGACUCUGGGCAGAAGGGACCAGCUGUUUCAGCACAGGAGGCCCAGAUGCAAGCCAUCAUGCAGCAGGCCAGGCUGGCUAUGCGUGGCCCAACUGGUCCGAUGGGUUUGACUGGCCGACCUGGCCCUCUGGGUCCACCAGGUGCACCAGGACUCAAGGGAGAAUCUGGAGAAGCAGGACCUCAGGGGCCACGUGGACCAAUGGGCUCAAGUGGACCCACUGGAAAGCCUGGCAGAAGGGGUCGUUCUGGAGCAGAUGGUGCCAGAGGAAUGCCAGGACAGACUGGACCUAAGGGCGACAGGGGUUUUGAUGGCCUAGCUGGGCUUCCUGGUGAAAAAGGACACAGAGGAGAACCCGGCCCCUCAGGACCUCCUGGUGCUCCUGGCGAAGAUGGAGAGAGGGGGGAUGAUGGAGAGAUCGGACCCAGGGGACUUCCUGGUGAACCAGGACCUCGUGGUUUACUGGGGCCAAAAGGACCUCAGGGACCUCCUGGACCACCUGGAGUUACUGGAGCGGAUGGCCACCCCGGACCCAAAGGAAAUAUUGGACCUCAGGGAGAGCCAGGCCCUCCUGGACAGCAAGGCAACCCCGGUGCUCAGGGACUCGCAGGGCCACAAGGACCAAUCGGACCUCCAGGAGAGAAGGGUCCAACUGGAAAGCCUGGAUUGCCAGGAGUGCCUGGAGCUGAUGGACCUCCGGGUCACCCUGGAAAAGAGGGUCCUACUGGGGAGAAAGGCCACAUGGGCCCUGCCGGUCCUCAAGGCCCCAUCGGUUAUCCUGGGCCCCGAGGAGUUAAGGGAGCUGAUGGCGUCCGUGGCCUCAAGGGAACUAAGGGUGAAAAGGGGGAGGACGGCUUCCCUGGCUUCAAGGGAGAUAUGGGCAUAAAAGGUGACAGGGGAGAACUUGGACCAGCUGGACCCAGAGGAGAAGACGGCCCUGAGGGGCCAAAGGGGCGCUCAGGGCUCCCUGGAGACGCUGGUCCGCUCGGCCCCACUGGUGAAAAGGGUAAACUUGGAGUUCCCGGAUUACCAGGCUACCCAGGAAGACAAGGACCAAAGGGAUCUCAGGGUUUCCAAGGCUUUCCCGGCGCCAACGGAGAGAAGGGCUCUCGGGGAACAGGAGGAAAGCCAGGCCCACGUGGACAGAGAGGACCAACGGGGCCGAGAGGAGAGAGAGGCCCGAGAGGACCCACGGGGAAAGCUGGACCAAAAGGUAACUCAGGAAAUGAUGGCCCACCAGGACCCCCUGGAGAGAGGGGUUUGCCAGGGCCUCAGGGACCAACAGGUUUUCCAGGACCAAAAGGCCCUCCUGGACCUCCAGGGAAAGAUGGACUGCCUGGACAUCCUGGACAGAGAGGAGAAACUGGUUUCCAAGGCAAAACUGGCCCUCCUGGUCCUCCAGGUGUGGUUGGACCUCAGGGACCAACAGGUGAAACCGGGCCUAGGGGAGAUCGGGGUCAUCCAGGUCCUCCAGGACCACCUGGUGAGCACGGUCUACCUGGAGCUGCUGGAAAAGAGGGGGCUAAGGGUGACCCUGGUCCUGCGGGCCCAACUGGUAAGGACGGUCCUCCUGGGCAAAGAGGUUUCCCUGGAGAGAGAGGUCUGCCAGGCCCUGUGGGGGCUCAUGGUCUGAAAGGGAAUGAGGGUCCCCAAGGCCCACCAGGCCCUGCUGGUUCUCCUGGUGAGCGGGGUCCCGCUGGCCCGGCUGGACCUACAGGUCCGCCUGGGCGUUCUGGCCCACAAGGACCCCCAGGCCCUGCUGGAGAAAAAGGUGGACCGGGAGAAAAAGGACCUCAGGGACCAGCUGGAAGAGAUGGUAUUCAAGGACCUGUGGGUCUACCAGGACCUGGAGGACCCCCAGGACCCCCCGGAGAGGAUGGAGAUAAGGGAGAACUUGGAGAACCUGGACAGAAAGGAAGUAAAGGAGAUAAAGGAGAACAUGGUCCUCCAGGUCCUACAGGCCCUCAGGGCCCUGUCGGUGCACCAGGUCCUGCUGGUGCUGAUGGAGAGCCAGGUCCAAGAGGUCCACAGGGCAUGUUUGGCCAAAAAGGAGAUGAGGGAUCAAGAGGUUUCCCAGGACCACCAGGCCCAGUCGGGCUGCAGGGUUUGCCUGGUCCACCUGGUGAGAAAGGUGAAACUGGAGACGUCGGUCAAAUGGGCCCACCUGGUCCUCCUGGUCCCAGAGGUCCCUCUGGUCCCCCAGGAGCUGACGGUUCUCAGGGGCCCCCUGGUGGUGUUGGAAACCCUGGUGCUGUUGGUGAAAAGGGAGAUGCUGGUGAGACAGGAGAGCCUGGACUUCAGGGAGAAGUUGGUCCACCAGGUCCAAGGGGAGAGCGUGGAGAAAAGGGAGAGGCUGGACCUGCUGGUGCUGCAGGACCUCCUGGCCCUAAAGGUCCACCUGGAGAUGACGGCCCUAAGGGCAGCCCUGGUCCAAGCGGCUUCCCUGGAGACCCUGGCCCCCCUGGAGAGCCCGGUCCAGCUGGUUUAGAUGGCCCACCUGGUGAUAAGGGAGACGAUGGAGAGGCUGGUCAGGCUGGUUCACCUGGACCCACUGGAGAGUCCGGUCCUUCUGGACCACCCGGAAAGAGAGGGCCUCCUGGAGCUCCAGGGCCUGAGGGAAGACAAGGCGAAAAAGGAGCAAAGGGAGAGCCGGGCAUUGAAGGUCCCCAAGGAAAAACAGGACCUGUGGGGCCUCAAGGAUCACCUGGAAAGCCUGGUUCUGAAGGUCUCAGGGGUAUUCCUGGUGCAGUUGGGGAGCAAGGACUACCUGGUCCUACAGGCCCAGAUGGACCACCUGGACCUAUGGGCCCUCCUGGUUUACCUGGUUUGAAAGGAGACAGUGGUGUUAAAGGAGAGAAAGGUCAUCCAGGUCUCAUUGGUCUGAUUGGAGCUCCAGGCGAACAAGGAGAAAAGGGUGACAGAGGUCUGCCUGGCCCUCCAGGAACUCCUGGUCCCAAAGGAGAUAAUGGUAUUGCUGGUCCUACAGGUCCUCUUGGUCCAGUUGGACCUCCCGGCUUACCUGGUCCUCCAGGUCCCAAAGGAGCCAAAGGAUCAUCUGGCCAAACAGGUCCAAAAGGAGAAACUGGAACCCCGGGUCCUCCUGGCCCUCCUGGUCCUCCUGGUGACGUCAUCCACCCACUCCCCAUUCAAACUUCCAUGAAGGGGAGAACACGUAGGAACAUCGACGCUAGCCAGAUGAUGGACGACGCCGCCAUGGACGCCAACUACAAAGACUACGAUGAUGGCAUGGAGGAGAUCUUUGGGUCACUGAACUCUCUGAAGUUGGAGAUCGAGCAGAUGAAGCAUCCGCUGGGCACACAGAACAACCCAGCUCGUACCUGCAAGGACCUCCAGCUGUGCCACCCUGAUUUCCCUGAUGGUGAAUACUGGAUUGAUCCGAACCAGGGCUGCUCACGGGACUCCUUCAAGGUCUACUGCAACUUCACAGCGGGUGGAGAGAGUUGUAUUUUCCCGGAUAAAAAGUCUGAAGGGGCUAAACUCACAUCCUGGGUAAAGGAGACUCCCGGUUCCUGGUUCAGUGAAUUCAAACGUGGUAAACUGCUCUCUUACGUGGAUGCUGAGGGAAAUCCCAUCGGCGUGGUCCAGAUGACCUUCCUGCGCCUCCUGAGCGCCGCAGCCCGGCAGAACAUGACGUACAACUGCUACCACUCCGUGGCGUGGCAAGACCAGCAGCAGGACAACUAUGACAAGGCCAUCCGCUUCCUGGGAUCCAACGACGAGGAGAUGUCGUAUGACAACAACCCCUACAUCCGCGCUGUGGUGGAUGGAUGUGCGCUGAAAAAGAGCUACGAAAAGACUGUACUUGAGAUCAACACUCCGAAGGUGGAGCAGGUACCUUUUGUGGACAUCAUGUUUAACGAUUUCGGCGGUUCCACACAGAAGUUUGGAUUUGAAGUGGGGCCCGUCUGUUUCAUCGGCUGAGACCUUUCACCAAGCAAAUGGAGGACAAAAAAAAAACACAACCUACUUUUGUUUUUCAAAACGAAGAUAAACAAUUUAAAAAGUAAUAGGACAAUGCUAUUUGUAAAAAAACUGUUUCCAUAAAGCAACAAGAGUUCAAACAUAAUUAUGACAGGAUUACAGCGAAAAAUCUAAAGGAAUUGAGAAAAUAACCUUGAAACCCCACUGUGCCUUCUUUAUCAUGUGCAAGUUUUGAAACUGGAGUCUGCCUCCUUCCUCCUACACACAAACUAAUGGCCCACCCCCAUUCUUCACGUUUGAUUUUGAUCCUUUGGUCUGAAAGAAACAACGAAGGCGACCCUGAGAGCUGCAGCCGUUCCAGAUGGUAGCAGUAUUUACCACGGACAAAUUCCGAUUCUUUUUUUUAUCAUGCUCCCCACCCAUCCCACCCGGCUCUCCUUUAUCUCCCUGCCUUUUUCCACCUCGCUGUUCUUGGUUUUGUUUUCUUGUUUGUGCAUAAUUGUCUCCCCAUUCUCUUUGGAAUGGGCCUUAUAUAUUUAUAUACAUAUAAAUAUAUAUAAGUGAUUUUUUUUUUUUUUUCUUAUGUUUGUAAGUACAUUCUGUAUAUUUUUCCUGGUAAUGUUUAUUGCUUCUGGCUUCAAAACAUGCAUGUGACUGUACUAAUCAUGAGGUCGUCCAACAAGAAACGUCUUAAAUCUUAGAAACGCAUCUAACCCGAGGAUAUUUGAAUUGUUAAAUGAAAAAAAAAACAACAAAAAUAAUAAUUUGGAAUUCUGUCUUUGUGGAGCACACUUUUAUUUUCUUUUGUAAUUUAAGAACAGAUCAGAAAUAAAAGAUGAAAACACGGUCUGUGAUAUAAAGUACAAUACAUUCCUCAUUUUGUACCUUUAUGAACAAAAGCCCUCUCUGGUGGAAGUGUAAUUAAGUUAAUAAACUGCUUCUGUACUUUUUGCUGAAAUAUUCAUCUUACUGUGCAGUGGAAGGUAAUGAAAAAAAGAAAAAAAAUCAAAACCUAGGUGCUAUUUUCUCUCCUCUGUGGUGCUAUGUAUUUUUUUUUUCUGGUUUGUGUUGUUUGAAUAAAAGAAAAAAACUUGUGGCGACAAUACUUGCAACGCUGGGCAGCGCCCCCUCCCUCCCCCCCUGCUGACUCGGUUUACGAGAUGGAUCUCUGCUGCAGCCGCUUCCCUCCGUUAAGGAUUCUGAAUGGCAUUUCUCGGUGUCGCCACCCGCUCAAUGGAAUGCACAGAUCAGAUUAGUCUACCUGUGACAGAUGUUAGAAAGACAAGAGGGAAAGAUCUUGAAAAAAAAUCCAUAUCGCCCCCCCAACACAUUGGGCUGGUGGAGUUGGCAAAAUGGACAUGUUGCAACAGCUCUAAAGGGAUAUAUUGCACCCUGACCAAAUAAAUAUUUAGCUUUAAGGAACUUUUAUGUUUGAGAAACAACUUGAAAAAGUCACAAAAUUAGCCUUUCUAGUAAAUGUUGCUCACGCAGGGAUGGUUUUCCUCAUGUCAUAAUGCUUUUUUUUUAACUAUGCACUCUCUAUGCUUAUGACCACUAGUAUCUACCACAGAAUUUUUACAGCUCUUUAUACAUAGGUUUGUUUUAUUUUCCGUUUUUUUUUUUUAUCUAUAUGUGACUUGAAGCCUUUCCUUUAGGACGACUCAGUAUGCUUGUAGAUCUUUGGCUCUAUUCUUCAUGGUGCGGCAGCACAUCUACAUUAAUCACUUUGCUCUCAAUGAACCGGAGAAAAAAUUUAAGAAAAAAAAAAAUGCAACUUUUAUUUUAUAAAUUUCCAGAUUUCGCAUUGAUGCUGCCUUUGCUUUGUUUUACUUUGUAGAUUUCCAUUUGUAGUGUCUGGUUUUUUGUUUUUACAGUUUUUUUUUUUUUUUAAAUAAAAACAGAAAAAAAGAACCUGUGUUUAAGGGUGAAGAGGAUAGAGUAUCAUAUGGGUUUUUUUUUAUGUCAAUAAAUUCAAGUUUACUGUGGCCAUCCACUCCUGUAUCUCUUUUGAAGCAUUAAAACCUAUCUGUACGCA